AGAAAGUUGCUCGUAAAAAAGAUUUUGAAACUUGUAGGAGAACUAUUCUAUUACUAGCUAGAAAUCGACUUUCAUUAGCAGUAGUACGUAGUUCAUACGAAUAGGUGACUAAGGAAGUUGGUUAAUAUUGCAUGGAAACCAUAAUUAGCAAGGUGAAUUGCAGUAAUGGAUCAUCAAUAAUGAAUCAGCACAUUGAAUGCUACGCGGUUUUGGUGAGGCAGAGAUUAGAGAAGAGGAGCUACAGACAGUCACCCAGCUGCUGACCUUAGCACAUUAGCUAAGAUGGAUGGAUGGAUAGAUAGGCCAUUGCAGUAAAUGCUCUUUCUCUUGCUUGCUGUCACCUUUUGACUCUUUGAAUACACCCUUUGCUUCUUUUAGGUCAGCGUUUAUAGUUAGGAGGUGGCGGAGGGGUUUCCUUUUUUUCUAUAUAUGCUUUGCAGAUCAAUAAAUCUUAGCGUUGGACAAUUGUCUCAGCUUUUCCCAAGAAGAGAAAAAUAAGCACGGAUCACGACUAGUGGUGCAGAAAUAGCUGUCAAAAUAGAGAAGAACACAGCCCCAAGUCCAGCAAAGUUUUAGGGUGCACCGAGGGAUAGCUUCUGAGAGGGAUAUCUCAGAAAGAGAUCAUCAAACGGUAUCACAGACUACAAGACAAAGGGAAGGUGAAUAGAGAGAGGGAGAGGGAGAGAUGGGUAGACCUCCUUGCUGUGAUAAGGUGGGAGUUAAGAAAGGUCCAUGGACUCCCGAGGAGGAUAUAAUGUUGGUCACUUACGUUCAAGAACAUGGUCCUGGCAACUGGAGGGCUGUUCCUGCUAACACAGGUUUACGUAGAUGCAGCAAGAGUUGUAGGCUUAGAUGGACAAACUAUCUGAGGCCUGGGAUCAAGAGGGGUAACUUCACGGAUCAGGAGGAGAAAAUGAUCAUUCAGCUUCAAGCCCUUUUAGGGAACAAGUGGGCUGCGAUAGCUGCUUACCUGCCUGAGAGAACGGACAACGAUAUCAAGAACUUCUGGAACACCCAUUUGAAGAAGAAGCUUAAAAAGCUUCAAACGGGCUCAGACAGCAGCUCCCCAAGAAACGCGUUGUCAUCUUCCCACUCCAUUUCUAAAGGCCAGUGGGAAAGAAGGCUCCAAACUGAUAUCAAAACCGCCAAACAAGCCUUGCACGAUGCCUUGUCAUUGGAGGGAUCUAUCCCUGCGCCUGAUUCCAAGCCCUGCGAUGGUCAUCUGUCUUACACAGAACCUGGCCAAGGAUCGUCUACUUACGCAUCAAGUACAGAGAAUAUAGCAAGAUUGCUCAAGGGUUGGGUCAAAAAUCCUUCACCUCGUAAAUCUGAGCAAUCAAAAUCUUCCAGCACUCAGCAAUCGUUCUGCAAUGCCGCCACGGAUUGUACCUCCAGCGAUGGGACUCCUAGUGCCGAGAGCAAAAGCGGAAUAGAUUUAUCCGAAGCAUUUGAGUCCCUUUUUGGAUUUGAGUCUUUCGAGUCUUCAACCUCUGAAUUUUCUCAAUCCACCUCUCCUGAGGCCAGCAUUUUCCAAGGGGAAAGCAAACCGGACCAAGAUGGGGCACAAGUUCCAUUCUCUAUGUUGUUGGAGAAUUGGCUGCUCGACGGGAAAGAUGAUUUGACUAACUUCUCAUUCGAUGAAACUGCAAAUUUGUUUUAGUAGUAAGAAUUCUCCUUUUGAUUCUUGGUGAGAUAUUGAGAAUUAACUCUUACCAUUAUCUUGUUAAUUUUAGGCAUUGACAUUUGAACGCUUUUUUUGAGUCCUAGUGUUGCCCGCCCGUUACAGAUUUAAGAGAUUUAUUAGUGAAUCAUCUUCUGUGCCUUGAAACUCGUGUGUAAAAGCUAAUUAUGCUAAGUGAAUACAAUUCUAGCUCUUGAUUAUACAAA